AUGCCUUCCGAGUUCCUGCGCUUCCUGCGAGACAACAACGCCCCCUUCUCGGUAGACUUUAGACCCAUCGGAGACCUCGAGCGUUGCAGCCUCGACCCUAGCUUUGCCUUCCCGGACAACAAAUUGAAACUUGUCAUCAAAGACAUCAACGGGGUCGUUUACACCAAUGGAUUCCUUUGGCAGUAUGACUGCUUCAUAUGGGCGCUCGAGAAGCUCAACUUCUCCGACAUCAAGGUCAUUGUCAUGGCGGUGGGCUGGCCCACCGAUGGCUACCCUAGAGCGAGUGGUGACAACGCUGAACGCUACUUUAAGUACCUAUUGCCGAUGGUCACAUCCAACAAGGGCUCUCCCAAGCGCACUGGGGCUCCCAUUGAUGUGUUUAUCAACUCCUUAGCUGAUGAGCCCAAAAUGAGGAUUGACGCGUUGCUCUCCCCUUUCGAUCGUCAUUGGGGGAUUUACAGAUCCAAUGGGCAACCUAAGGUCAAGGUCGACCUGUCAGACCGAGGCCAAGAUAUUUACCCCACCACCGUGAAGGGGAUCAUGCGCAUGCCACAACGCUGGUGCGUCUUCAGUGGGAACUCCACAGAUACGUAUAAGCUACAGGGGCAUCAUGCAACUGGUUUUCAGAACGAGAAAGCAUGUGAUUUCGAGGGGCUUUCCUACAUCACCGACCAAGAUCCCUCAAUGGAGGAUUGCUUGUUCCCAGUCGAGGUGGUUAGUGGUAAUCAGCUCAUAGAAUUUUCGGCGGCGCUCGCCCUACAUAGGCCCCUUAAUGUUAGAGGUGCUGUGUUGAUGAUUGUGCUCUACAUCUUUCUUUGA